AUCAGUCAAGAGCCUCCGCUCGUGCCAAACGGUUCAAAAACGCAUCUCCAUCGCCACCAGUCCCGCCCUCAGCCUCAGCCCCCCCCCUGCCCACGGAACGUUACCCAAACGGUACUCGCUUAACGAUUUUCGAUAUAAUUUUCGAUACAUCGACAUCGAUUAAAGCCCUGUUGUGCUUUUUUUGUGCGUUCUGUUUUAUUUUUCGUGAAUAUUUUUUAAUGUUUUUAUUGCUUGAACUCUAAUUAAUCAACCCUAAAAAAAUAAACAACCAACGGAUCAAACCGCAAUCAAUCAAUCGUCAAUCAAACAGACAGAGAGAGAGAGAGAGAUAGAGAGAGAGAGGGAAAGAGGAAAGCAAACACUUUGCAUGCGAUAAAAACCGCGCACAAGUCGCUGACAAAGCCGCACGUCCACCGCCGUCGCUGUCCGAAGGAGAGCCCAGAGACACAGACCGAAACCCGGGCAACCUGAUCUUUCUGUAAAUUAAACUAUUCACAGAUUAAAUAUUUGCCAAGCGAAUCGCAUAUCCACACAAGCAAACACACAGAUAAAGAAAAAAAUGUGCAUUUAAUUGUUGUUUUCCACGCGUCUUUUGUCGCCAUCUCGCUCCGCGUUUCCAUCUCAAGUUACGAAAGCCGCCACCUCGAAGUCGACAUCUCUGAUAAGCAGCACAGCAGCCACAGCAACAGCAGCAGAAGCAACAACAAGCAGAAGCAGCAGAGCAGCAGAUAUUUUUGAGAUGGAGUUGGAAUGCGAUUUGGGUGCUAUACAAAAUGAGGAAUUGCUGAGGAAAAUGUGGCAGCAGUCCGAGGACAGCGAACGCAAGAAGCAGAUCCGAUCGCAUCUCUACAAACUGCGAGAGUCGCGUCUCUGCAAUCUCUACAGGCACGAAGCGGACCCAAUGGCGGAGCCCCAGGGAAACGGUAAUGGUAAUGGAACGUCGUCGCUGACUGGAUUCGGGGCCAAGGAUCCCCUGGCCACAAGCCACGGAGACGCGCUGCUGGACCAGAAUUUCCAGAGCCUCAAGUCCAAGGAGGUGCGCGACUCGAUGAGCCCCACCCAUGAGCUCAAGUUCCAUUCAAUGACCCUCACGCAGCCGAGCAGCACGGGCUGGGAUGUGCAGACCUCCUCGGAGGUCAGUCCCGAUGGCAGGGCCUUCCGCACGGAAACUCUGGCCAAGACAGAUGGCAUUGAGAAGCUCAAUGGUGGCGGCCUGGCCGAGUUCAAGGGAAGGAACGAGCAGAGCUCGAGUGCCUCGCACCAGGGGGAUGACCAGAACUACGUGAAGAAGGCCUCGGAGAGCACCAACACCCAGCUGCAGGAAAAGGUGGUGUUCGGCGAUGAGAAUAGCGGACGCACCGAGAUGAAGGUGAGCUCCACCUCCACCUCGUCCUCGUCCACCAAGAAGGUGGUGUCAUCAUCCUCCUCGAAGGUGGACUUCGGGGAUGAGCCCGCCCAGCCGCGUUACCUGAUGGAUGACCAGGAGAAGGUGUACCAGCAGCAACAUCAGCAGCAGCAACAGCGUGAGCAGCGCGAGUGGGAGGAGCAAUGCCGCAUCCAGGAGAAACGCGUCCAGGAGCAACGCAUCCUGGAGCAACGCAUCCUCCAGGAGCAACAGCAGCGCCAACAGCAGGAGGAGCGCUACUCGGAGAGUCGCGAACAGAGCAACAGCACCAGAAACGUCCAGACCCAGCAGCACUACGAGGAGAACAAGCGGUAUGUGGACAUGGACAAGGCCUCGCCCGAGUAUCAGCGCCACGUCCAACAUUUGAUGUCCCAGCCCGGCGAGAUCAUCUCCAAUACGGUGGAGUACCCCAAGCCCAAUGUAAAGAUGAUCACCACGGUGAAGCGCCUGCCCGAUGGCACCAUUGUCAAGAACAAGCGCUACGAGACCGAACAGGUAAAUCCACAAACUCAGCGCCAAACUCAGAGCCAGACUCAGACCCAGACCCAGAGCCAGACCCAGCGACGUACCCAGGAUGUGCAUGACAGCCAUAUCCGUAAUCAGAGCCAGAACCAAAGCCAGCCUCGGGAUGUGGUGGACAAUGCAGAGCCACUGGGACGUCGUCCUGGGCAACAACAACAGCCGGUGGAUCAAGAGCAGCUGACUCAGUCGCAGAGCUUCUCCUCUGUGAAGAAAUCGAGUCGCCGCUUCUCCACGGAAACCACCUCGGAGACCGUCGAGGAGUUUGAUGAUCGCGGACAACCCAUCACCAGCUCUCCCGCAGUCCGUCCCACUGCUCAGUCUCCGCGCCAGCCGGCGGCUCCUCCAACUAGUGACUUCUCCACUCACGGAUUCCCCUCGGUGCGUCCAAACAAGCCCACGCAGGAGUUCUCCAGCCAGAGGCCCUCGAAAGAGGAGGAGGAGGUGGUGGUGGUCAAGUCGGAGAAGAGCCGCAAUGUCAAGCAGAGCACCAGCUCUCAGCGCACCAUCGAAACGGAGAUUGUGGGAGAUGAUCAGCAUCAGCCCCAUCAUCGUCCGCAAAGUCAGCCCCAGAUAGCAGCCCCUACUCCCAGCUGGGAGCAGCCGGCAAGUCCCAGGCGUCAGCCUGUGGAUGACUACAGCACCCAUGGCUUCCCCUCGGUGCGCUCCCGACCAGAUCAGCCGGAUGGUGAGGUGAUUGUCACGUCGAAGUCGGUGAGCCGCAACCAGAGCGCCAGCCACAAGUCGCAGACGGAGCGCAUCAUCGAGACGCAGGUGGAUCAGGACUAUCCAAAGGCCCCCCACAGCCACACCCACACCCACUCCAUUACUACCCACUCGCAUUCACCCCAAUCUACUGGCCAACCGGCCAGUCCACGCCGAACCCAUCCGAGCACCCAUGGCUUCCCCUCGGCCCGAUCUCCCACACGGCCCACGCCCGACUCUGCAGCGCGUCGCCCCGCCGCAGGCGCUCGUCCUGGAACUAGACCUGGAAACGCCCCGAACAGCUCGGACACCACGACCACAACCACGACCGUAACGCGUCGCCAGCUGCAGAAGGAGCGCGAAGUGGACGCCGCCCAUCGGGCUUUCGCAGCAUCGCUGCGCAGCAGUUCGCCGGCGGAUAGCACCACUUCGGUGGGAUCGCACCACCAUCAGACGCCACGUUCGAGCAUCUCCUCGACCCGCACCUACCGCCGAGAGGGGCGCGAGGGCUCGCAUGACAGCCAGGCGCCCUCGGAGUCGAGUCGCAUUAGCACCACAACGGUGACAAGGCAGACGGCGGGUGGAUCAGCACCAGCCACUCCCAAGACUGUGGCCAAAACGCCGCCGCCGCAGCAACAGGUGGUUAAGCAGCAGCAGGUUACUACCAAGACGAUCAGCAACGAACCCAAGUCGCCCACUCAAAAGGCGGCAACGACCACUGUAACGACCACGACAACCAGCACCACCAAGACAGGUGGUGGUGGCGGUCCAUCCUCUCCGACAGCAGCAGUAGCCCCACCAUCUCCGACUCCAGCAGCAGCUCCAGCCAGUCCCGCUCCAGUUCCAGAUAACAAGCUAUCACAGUAUACGUAUACUACCACUAAGCCUGGCGACAUAUUCUCUCUGCCACCAACUCCAACUCCAACUACUCCUCCUACUAUUAACAACGAACCAACAACACUAACCACCAAUAAAGACAACACCACAGCCACAGCAGCCACAGCAGGCAGUGGCACAGGCACCACUACAACCACCACAGCAAUCCCUACAGCAACAAGAACCAUCUUAAGCGACAGCCAAGAACAAGAACCCAUCCGAAAGGUAAAGGUGAUCGCAAACGAAGCGCAUGAAACGGUGGCAGUGGCGGUGGCAGAACCGCCUUGUGUGAAGCGUCUAUACUAUCAGCUGGGACCCGAAACCCUCAGCGAGGGGGAACCCGUGCCCCGUCCCUCAGAGAGCGUUGCCACCAAGCAGAAAGCGCCACCCAAGAUGCGAAACCAGCCGAACCACAAUCGAAACUACGACGAUGAUCAGAAUGAGCCCGAACAUGAACCCAAACCCCUUGCCAGUUCCAGGGGCAGUUCGAAGUCGCCGAGCGUCGAACGCCGACCGGUCUUCAGGGAAACCACAUUCGAGGGCAGACGUGUCUCCCAGCCAGAGGAGGAUGUCCUGCUCAUUGAGGAGCAGAUCCUUAUCGAUGAGACCUUGAUUCAGUCACAGCCCAAGCCCAAGCCCAACCAAAGCAGCCCCGAGCCGAGAUUUCCCAGAUCCAGGACUCAGAGUCCCGAGAAACCGCGGGUUUCUCCACGACAGAGCCCCGAAAAACAGCCGCAGCACCCGCUGUCAGGAACUCGUCGUCCAAGCGCCGAGAAACAGCUGCCGGCCAAGGAGAGCCCGCAGAAACCAGCGGCGGCGACAACGGCGCCACGGCAGGGCAGUCCCGAGAAGCAGCUGCCCAGCAAGUAUCCGACUCCCACUACCAUGGGGCGUCCCAAAAGCCCUGAGAAAGCGGAGCUGGAGAGGGCUCAGAGUCCAGAGAAAGAGCCUGGAUUGCCUAGAAGAUCUUUCCAGUUGCCCAAAGAGAGCAGCCCCUCCCAGAAAACAGCACCCGAAUGGCAGAGUCUGCCAAAGGCUCAGACUCCCUCAGAGCCGGGACUGCCAACAAGUCCUCAGAGGGCCCAGAGUCCAGGGAAGGAACCAGCUUUCUCCAGGGGAUCACCCCGACAGAGUCCCGAAAAGGAGAGCCCGAGUCCCAGGUCUCUAACCCCAACCAAUCCAUCAAUUCAGCAGAAACGAGAGGAGGAUCUCUUCCGCAGCACGAUCACUACCACUCAGACACGAAAAACGAAGAAGAAUCUUAACGAUGAAUUUCUAACGAACGAACGCCAGAGCCAGCCCCAAAACGAAAAGGAAACCCAACCGCAACAGCUACCGCAAACACAACCCGAAGAAGCCAUAGAAAGUCCAGAUGGUGGUUUAUUCUCCAAAGGAGGCGACUCCGAGCCCGAGCCAGUGGAGGAGGGAGCGGCACCUACUUAUCGCAAAAAGGGUUUGAGCCGUCGCGAGACUUUCGAGGAUCGUUGUCGCAAGAUCCUGGGCAUGGAGGAGGAUGGGGAUACCCAGGGAAGCUACAUAACGCGACCCAACGAUGAUGAUGGUGAUGAUGAUGAUGAUGAUGAUGCAGAUCAGAAUCAGGAAGAGGAGGAUGAGCAGAAGAUAAGGCAAACGACCACAACAAAGACGGAGACCAUUGAGGUAAAGAUCGAAGACUGCCUCGAUGACGAUGAUGAUGAUAAUGAUCAGCCUUCGCGUCGUGUCACCGAGACCUUUGUGGUGCGCACCCAGCCGAAAAUCAAGGUGGAGGAGGUCCAGCCGCAGCAAGAGCUCAGUGAGCUCUUUGUGGAUGUGGAGGAGCCCUCAAAGGAGGAGGAGGAUCUGCCCAGGAAUCCCAAAGGGGACGCCGAGACCAUCAAUGUGAAUGAGGAGACGACGAUUUUUAUUACCAAGCGACCCUCAAAAUCACCCUCGCCUUUGCCCAAGACUACCCUGAAAUCCGCCUCCAAAUCUCCAUCGCCUUCUCCUUCGCCAUCUUCGAUUCCCAUUUUCGAGCCAGAACCAGAGACGACGAGCUUCAUCACCGAGAAGACCAUUGAUUGCCAGAGUAAGACCAUCAAAAAGUCACUACCAGAAGGAGGCUGCACCACCAAGAAGUCUCCCCUCAAGAAAGUGGAACCCCAAGAGGAGCUACCCAAGAAACGGCCAAGUGUAACGACGAACACAAAAACCGAAACCGAACGUCGCAAUUCACGCACCUCCUCCUCCAAGCAGGCACCCAACCCACACCCAAAGGCUACCGCUCCGAAGAGUCCCAGAAAGGAGUCCCUGACGGGUCGAAAGCCGGAGACACGCACCAACACCACCACUACCACUACGACGAAAACAGGACGAAAGCCCAGCGAUGCCAGUCCCAGUCCCAGUGCCAGCACAUCACCAUCAAUCAAGGAUCGCCUGCGCUCUUCGCCACGUAAGCAGCAGCCCCAGUCCCAACCCCAGAGCCAGAACAAGACACCAAUAAAAGUGGAUCAUGUGGAUGGGGACACCACUACCUCCCCAGAUGUGAGUCCAACGCGGGGAGAGCGUCGUCGGUCGAGUAACAUUUCCGUGCACACGGAGAUCAUCAUUGAUCACACGGCCCCGAAGUCGCCCCGGACCGAGCGUAGGCCCCAGCUGAUAGCCGCCUUGAGCCCUGCCGCCGCAAGGAAGUUGCCUGUGACCGAGCGCAAGGAUUCGGCGCCCGUGCCACGGGUGACGCGACGCGAUAAGGCCGACAAGGUGAUGCGCUCCACUAGUGAGAACAUCAUCAAGGUGGUCAACGGGCAGAAGAACCCCAUCGCGAAGAACCCAUCCAAGCAGCAGCCCGAGAUGAGCAGCCUGAGGCCCGUGGAACGUGGCAGCCGACCCAGCAAGUGCUUCACCACCAAGACCAUCAAUCUGAGCGAACAGCUGCUGGUCAAUAGCGAAGACAUGAUCAUCGACAUCCAGCAGGCAAAGAGCUCCAGGGAACCGUCGCCGGAUCGCAUCGUACCCACGCCGGUGAACGCCGCGAUGGACAAGGACACGGGCAAGCCGCGUUAUCCCGAUGUGGUCCAGGAGCCGGACGAUGAGCCGCGCAAGAAGCCGCAGGUUACCAACAUACCCAUCUUCGAGGAGGCGGCCAAUGCCUAUGUUGGCUGUCAGAUCUCGGAGCUGCGCAACUCCAAUGGCCUGGACGAUGACAUACUCGACAAUCCCAUGGUAGAGGCGCCCCAGAGUCUGGACUAUCCCACAACCAGCAGCCCCGGCACCAGUACCGACCAGUCCCAUCCCGUGGAGCCUGUACAGCCGCAGGACACCGACGAGUGCCUGCUUAGCGUCCACGAGAAGGUUUCUCGCUUCACCCACUCCGCCGAACAGGUGAAGCAGCCACGCAGCUCUGUCCCCUUUAGCCGGGAGUUCGACGAGAAUGCCAAGAUACCCGAGAACGAUGAGUGCCUGCUGAGCAUCAAUCAGAAGGUGGACAAGUUCCUACGCACCGCCGAGAAUAUCACCAGGCAGCCGCUCACGCCUACCCCCAGUCGGGAGAUGGAGCGCCCGCGCCCCAGCUUCGAGGAGAUCGAUGAGGAGCUGCGACAAGAUGACUGCACCCUGAGCGUCUCUCAGAAGGUGCACAAGUUCAUUGACACCGCCGAGAAGCUGGCCCCGACAGCGCCACAAAAAUCGCCACGCCUGGUGGCCAGCAUCGAAAGACACAUCUCGCGGCAAGAUACGGACUUGGAGCAGGAAUCGGAACCGGAACUGCAGUCGGAUCGAGAGGAAGAAGAAUAUCCCAAGCAGCCACAGGUGGAGUCGGAAGAGGAGGAACCUCUGCCCAUGACCAAGAGUCACACCACAGCCAUUGAGCUGAAGCGGCAAAAGGACAUCCUCAACCGACCAUCAGUCUUUGGACAGCCACGUGCCACAGAGGCCCUUCGUAAGCCAUCCAUCGUGUCCAAGCAGAAUGGUACCAAGCUGCGAUCGACUCCCAGCAGCACCAGCACCAGCCUGAUUACCGAAGAGCGUCGAUCCUACAGGAAUCAGACCACAACUGGUAGCACCACCACGGGCAAGCCCAAGUCACCCCAGCAGCCGAGCAGCACCCCCAGGGGAGCUACCCCAUCGAAACCCACAACAUCUGGAGGCUCUCCAACGAAGCCCACAACAACUGGGGGUGGCUCCAAGCGUACCGUGGAGCAUGUCAGCCAGAAGCAGUGGGUAAUCAGCGAUGUUGAUGUGGACGUGGAGGUGGUGGGACCACCACCACCGACCCACAGCAACAGCCGCAAGCCUCAGUCGCGUACCCGUUCCCGUUCCCGUUCGCCUUCUGCCUCCCCCUCACGCUCGUCGCCCUCCCCAUCAUCGACGCCGUCUCGCUCACCCAGUAGACGCACCAUUGGCACCACCAAAUCCAACUUGAACUCGACCGCCGCCAGCGUAGUUAAAACAACCACUGAGCACCACCACCAGCACCAGCACAACCACAGCAAAAGUCAAAGGCACAGCCCCAGCAGCACCACCAAGCAAAAAAGUCCAAUGCCCACUUCAAGCCCAAGCCCAAGUCCAAGCCCGACUAACCACCCAAGCAAAACCAUAGGUACAGCCACAACAGCUGAUCCCGAACCCCAUGUACACGUUGAAUCCCUUCCAGCAAUCCCAAAUGGCAGCGGGGUAGGACGCACGGUAGCCACACGCAGGAAUGUGUUCGAGAAGACACCACCACAGCAGGCAGCCCCAACAAGCACAACAGAGCCACAGCCUGGCGGGCGUCGUCCCUCGUACAUGGAUCACACCAAGAGCUCGCUGGAGCACAUAAGACGUGACUCCCUGGAGAUCAAUAAGAACAACUAUUCGCGCAAGUCCUCAGUGGAGGAUGACUCGGGCCUGGAGCCACGCAAUCCGAAUACCUCGGUGAAGUUUGAUGUGCCCAAAAAGGAGGAUAAGAUCAAGUUGAAGAUCGAUCUGGAGAUUGAGGAGAUCUUCGAUCUGCAGGUACUCGAACAGCUCCUGGAGACAGUGAGCAGCUACGAGAUGCGUCGCCGGAUACGCGCCCAGAUGCGGCUCAUCAGAAAGAACAUGAUCAAUGCGGGGAUUACCACGACAACCACUACCACUACAACGACGGUGAAGACCUCUCCCAAUGCUGCAGCCCCACUGGCAUCGCAGCAGCCGAAGAAGCAGGCCCAGCAGGAAGCGAUCCCCCCACGCGAUCGUAGUCGCAGUCCAGAGGCUAAGACCAUCAGCAGCAGCUUCAAGGGAGUGCGCACCACCAGCACCACGAGCAGCAGUUCCAGCACCAGAAGACAGCGAGGAGAGCAGGAGGUGGACAGCACCACAGGCACAGGUGGAGCAACGCCUCAGGGCAAGCCGCCGGUGAAGCCACGAGAGAGGAGCGCCAGUCCGGCCCAACGCCGUCGCAGCAGUCCCCCCGGCAAGCAGUCGCCUGUGAGCAUUGCCACAACCACCACUCGGACUUCGAACAACGGGGCUGGUUCACGUGCUGGUACACCCAGCAAACCAGCACACCAGGGACCCAUCUGGGCAGAUCGCACUAAGGUGCUCAAAGGUCACGGGCCCGUCUCGAAUGGUGGAUCCAGUCCGCGAAAGGGAUCUGCCACGAGCACCACUAGCACCAGCUCCACCGGAAAGAUGACCCGAACCCUUCAGAGCACCAGCACUAGCUCCAGCUCCACCGCCAGCUCUAGCACAAGGGCAGCCAAGCCCAAGCAGCGCGAGGAGGACUCCAUUACAUCAAGCUACGGAGUGGGACCCACGGACGAGAAUGGACUGCCCCUCUUUGGGAUAAGAGCGCUCAAGAAGAAAAGUCAGCCAGCACCGUGUGAGACCAAGCAAGAAGUCACAGGCUUUGUGAUCGAGGAGCAGUUCUACUCGGACAACAAGUCCCCGCCCCGUCACGAGCGCAAGGAGCUGAUCUACUCGAGCAAUGCGGAUGAGCUGGCUUCCAUUCAGAAACAGCUGCUGCUGGACGAUGACUACCAGCCGGAGUUGAAUACCAAGCUUGUGAGAGAGUUCAAGAAAGUCGAGUCCGAACUGCAGCCAGAGCCAGAUGGCAGAUAUGUGCGCCGUGGUUCGGUGAAGGAGCUCAGCGAGAAGUUCAUACGGAAAGAGUCCUCCUCGUCAACGCACUCUAGCACCUCUCAGUCCAUGAUGAGCAGCCGCACCGAGCAUGCGGAUGCAGAUGAGGAGGAGACUGAGGACAGCGAAUCCAAUGAGGUGUGCAGCGUCAUCGAGGCACCACAGAUGCGCCAGGGCUCAACUACCAGCAGCUUAACCACCACCCGGUCCAGCAACACGCGCUCCUUCCUCAACAGCAGCGCGGAUCAGCGGCAGGUGACCAGUGUGGACGAUGUCCUGGAGCGCAUGCGCAAUGCCGAUAAUGUGGAGGAGCCUGGCGACACAAACGAAGAUCGUGAGGCACGUGCUCUGCUCAACAAAUUCCUUGGCGCCAGUGUGAUAAUGCAGGGCGUGGAGAGCAUGCUUCCACCAACGGCUACGGGUCAGCGUCUGAAUAGCCAAGGGGUGAAAACCACACGCAUAACCAAUACCUACAGCAAAUCGGGAACUGGCAAGGUCAGCAGCAGCGCCUCCUCAGCACCAGUUACACGCACAACUUGUGACAUCGAGGAGAUACAGGACGAGCAGAUCCUAAAGCAAUUGCUGGAACAGGCCUCCACCUACGAGGAGCGUCGCAAAAUCCGUGCACGUCUACGCGAACUUAUGGCGGAACGCGAAGAGAAAAAGAACUCAGCCGCAGCCUCUAAGCCAAAGGAGGAGGCGGAGGAGGAGAGCAGUGCCAGCGAGUAUGAGGAGAUCAUCGAGGAGGUGACGGACUACAGCGACGACGACGACAACAACGAAGAGGAGACCACCAAAAAGGAGCUGCCCAAGGAGGAGAAGAAGGUAGAGAAGAAGGUAGCCUCCGCAGCCGUAGCCUCCGCAGCCUCUAAGGAGAGCAAAGUCAGCGAGAGUGUCACCAAAAAGUUGGCCAAAGUAGAGCUCUCAGAGCAAGCCACAACAUCCACAACAUCCUCGACAUCCACAACAUCCACAACAGACGGUGUCCAGACGGUGCAGCAGGGUGAGUCAGCCCUGCCAGCAACUAAAUCAGGAGCAAAAUCAGGAGCAAAAGCAGGAGCAGCCGGCAGCAGCACUAGCAGUAGUAGCAUUAGCAGUAGGAAACAGAGUAGUGGUCAGGUUAGCACAGUGGUUAGGGCCAGGGACAAAGCCAAGCCAGAGACAAUGCCAGCAGCAGCGGCAGCACCAACAGCAGCAGCAGGAGCGGGAGCGGAAACGGGAACGGUUUCGGGAGUGAGCAGAUUGAGUGUACCCUCGAAGGAGGAUUCGGGCACGGAAAGUGGCGAGGAUCUGCGCCUGCUGGCCGCCGGACUGAGGGACACCCUACAACAGCGGAGCGGCAGCGAUGCCAGCGAGGCACAUCGCAGUCUCCUCGAGGAGGUAACGGACGCCCUCAGCCGCCUGGAGAGCUCCCUGAAGCAGGGCAAGGAGCUAGCUGUCGACGGGGGUCAGCGUCAGGCUCUCCUCGGACUCGUUGCCCGCCUCCAGAGUGGACUCAAUGCCCCGGAGAAACUGGCGGCGGCGGACAACAACAGCAGCGGCAUCUCUGAAGAGGCCUCUCCCACCCAAGAGGAUAUGGAACUGGAGCUUGGGAUGGGAAUGGAGGACCCCCGGUCCGACUGCCGGCAGUCACGGUUCGCCAAGCGACGGCAGCGCAACAGCCGCCACACGGUGGGUGUCAGCCGAGAGGAGCUGGCGGAUGCCAGGCGCUAUAUGGAGGACAUGCUGCUGCUGGAGAACAACAAGGGCUUUACACUGGAGAAAAAUGCCAGCUCGGGAUCCAUCAUACCGCCCGUUCAGCUCUACAGACCCAAUCAGUUUGUGCCGCAGCCACAGCAGCAGCAGCAGCAGCCUAAGCCACAGCCACCGCAGCAGCCAGUGCAGCAGAUUCCAGCCCCCCAAUCUCAGGGAUCCCAGCUGAGACCGAACAGCAACAGCAGCAGCAACAACAGACGCCCUCUGUCCGGGGAUUAUGCGGUCAGCUUUGCCAGCUAUGAGGCUGCCCAAAAGGGAGGACAGCAGGAUGGAUCCAACUCCGGCUCAUCCUCUACUCGCUUCAAUGGUGCGAAAAAGCACAUGAUGAAGCGGGCCAACACAAUCGAUAUACCCAAGGCAAAGGCUAAAUACAUGGCCGACUGUGACACGGACUCGGACCUGGAAGACGAGCACGACCAUGGUCCCCAUCUGGGGCUGAAGCGUGCUGUUCAGGUGAGCGUUAAGCGGCGCGUACAAAAUGCCGUACCACCUUUCGAGCCCAAGACGGAGAACGAUCACAAGUUCCUGGCCUUCAUCAACAAGCAGAGCCAUCAGACGGGCCUUGGCUGGGGUGGUGGUGGCGGAGGGCGCAGUGUGUCCAACUGGACGCACAAGUUCGGGAACAUCAAGCACACCUUUGAAACGGGGGCGGCGGCAACCGUGACCAAGGGUAAGCCGCCGCCUGUGCCCGGCCAUGUGCCAGGGUGGGCCAAGCAGGAGCACCAGCAUCAUCAGCAGCUUCAGCGCGAGCAAAUGCUGCGAGAGCAGAUGCAGCGAGAGCAGUACCAGCGAGAGCAGCACCAGCGAGAGCACCGGCAGAGAGAACAAAUGCAGCGAGAGCAUCGUGAUAAGAUCCAACGAGAACAGCAACAACGAGAGAAGCUUCAGCGAGAGCACAUCCAACGAGAGCAAAUACAACGAGAGCACAUUCAGCGUGAACAGAUCCAACGGGACCAGAUGCAACGAGAAAAAAUCCAACGAGAUCAGCUGCAGCUAGAACAUCUCCAACGAGAACAGCAACAGCAACAGGCGGAAGCGACAGCCGCUGCCCAAGCCCAUUCCCAGGCCCAGGCCGAGCGUCAGCGUCGGCAGGAGAUCGAACGUCAGCUGCUCCUCGAGCAAGAGGCCAGAUACGAGCGCGAGCAGCGCGUCCGCCUGGAGCGGGAGUACUACGAGCAGCAGCUGGAACGCCAGCAGGCGGAGCGACAGCAGCAGUUGGACCGCCAGCGGCAGCAGCAAGAGCAGCUGGAGCGGCAGCGUCGCCAGGAGAUGGAGGUGCGCCUGCAGCACCAGAGGCAACAGCAGCAACAGCUGCAGCAACAGCAGCAGCAGCAACAACAGCAACAACAGCAGCCGCCCUUGAAUCACUUUAUACACGCACCGCAGUCCGUGUUCCGGCCCAUCGAUCAGGAUCCGCCAGCGGCUCCUAGCAUCUAUAAGCCCAUCGCCAAGAAGUCGGAGCCACAGCCAGGCUCUGUAUGGCAGCCCUCGGGUCAGGGCAAGCUUCCAGCCCAACAGCAGCAGCACCUGCAGGCGCGGACACCGUACAGCAACACGCCGUCGCCUGCCUCCACGGCCACCUCGCCCAUCGGCCUGCCCUGGGUGGCCAAGCCGAAGGUGGACAACAGCGAUUUCCGUCGCAAGGCCCAUCACUUUGAGGAGCGUUCGCUGAGGGACAACCUAGAGCAGCAGCAACAGCAGCAGUCGCCCUAUCCUGUGGGCAGCUCCAACGGGGGCCAUGGCUACCUGCAGCGUCACAACUCGCUGCGUUCCAAAGGUCCGCCAGCAGCACUCAGCGAAUUCAGGAAACGGCCUUCGCUACCCAAUGCCAUGGAGCCCGGAACUGUGGCGGGAGCGGGAGUGGGAGUGGGAGGUUCACAUGGAGGAUCUCGGCAGCAGCUGUAUCAGCCACCGCCACCCACCAACAUAUCCUUCACGUACGCCGAUUUUUCGCCAGUGCGCAGCCGCAACCCACAAAACCGACACAACUACCGCAGCCAACCGUGUUUGCCCAGUGCCGUGGAUCAGGCAGAGGCACUGACAAAUCCCCUGGCAGCACCCCUAGUGCUGACCAGCUCAAAUCCCACAUACCUGCCAGGGGCAGGUGCAGGCGCAGGAUCAGGGGGAUCAGCGAGUCGUAGAUUUGACUAUGUGACGAGCCCCGUGGAUGUAGACAACAGUCCGGCCAACAGUCCAAUCAGCUUCCAUACCGUACCCAAUGCCCUGACCACGGACAACACGGAUGACGAUCUCGACCUGGACUCGGACACUAACAUGCUGGAGUAUCGGGCCGAGACGAAGGUGAUGCGCAAGCCGCGCAGCCAGACAGCUGUGACCGUGGCCGGACGGAGAACAGCCCAUCUAAGCGAUGAUGAGGUUUUCGGUCGCAACUCGAGGGCGGCCAAGUCGCUGCUGUACACCAUGAAGCAGCUGGGUGGCAAUGGCAAUGGAGCACCACCAGGAGCACCUGCGCCGGCGCCAGUUGCACUCCCUAGAAGCAGAGGACAACAACAAUCCCAUACGGCACCCAGUUCCCCGAAGCCGGGGAUAUGUCUAUCGCCGGACGGUCGCCAGUACCAGGCCCCAAUGGUGGAGCCGCUCUUCCCGCAGAUGAGCAGCUUCGAGCCGCAGCGGAAGCCCCAGUAUGCGCCAGUAUCCGCCUCACUGCCAGGCACUCCUACCAGUGUGGCACCUGUGGCUCCUCCUCAGCUGAUCAAUUACCAAGCGAAUCCCACCUACACACCGCCACAGACCCGGUCCGAUGUGGGGGGCGGAGGCGGAGGCUACAUGGGGGAGACGCACACAUCGUACGUGGUCACCUACCCGCUGGACGAGUCCGGGGAUGAACACGAGCACGAGCCGGAGUCAUCCAUGUCCAUGUCGCUCAGCCAGCGAAUGCGUCGCACCUCGGAGCACUCGAAUGCCAGCUCCUCGCUGUCAUUGGGGAGCACCAGCUGGACACCAAAUCCAAUGCACAGCACGGUCCCAGUCGCAGUACCGACCACAGUCGUAUCCGUACCCACACCUGCACCACCGCCAGUCGAUCGCAGCACGAAACCGCAGCUUUUUCCAGUCCAUAAGCCGAUACAGGCGCCGCCCAACAGCGGCAGCAGCCGGCCCCGCUUGAGCACGCGCAGCCACACCAUCCAGGGCGAGGACAUAACCGGAUAUGAGGGAACCAACCAUAACCAGCCCCUGAAGAACCGUGUGAUGUCCCAACAGUCGCUUAGCUCCUCGAUCUCCGUCCGGACACAACAGCAACAACUGCAGCUGCAGCAGCAGCAGCAACAGCAACAGCAACAGAAGGAGCUGCAGCGCCUCAACGAACUGAGGCGAAAGAGUUUGGGCAACGUGCUGGAGCAGCGGGAGACCGCCCAGCGGAUGGCCUACUACGAGCAGCACGAGGAGUAUAAGUCCUCGGCACCGGCGGAUACACCAGACAUAGUUAAGUCGUCGCUGCCGAAGGAGAAUGCACCGCUGCUGAAGAAAUUUGGACCGCCCCAGAGGCACCAUUACGUGCCCAAUGCGUACCAGAGCCCGCAGCUGAAUAAGCAGAGUGGCGUCGGCGCCGGCACCACAACUACAACCUCCGUAAUCACCUCCACCACAGUGGUGCAUCAGCAGCAGCAGCAGCAGAAGCCCAGCAUCGUGGAGACGCCGGCAACGCCACAGCCAAUGUCUCAGGUGCCGCCCGAGGAUGAGAUACCCCACAAUAUAGUGUUCAACAAUGUGAGUGCCUUCAGCUCCAUGAGCCGCCGCAGCCAGGACGAGGAUGUCCAACAGCUGCAGCAGCAGCAGGGCUCAGCCGGAUCCCGCAUCAAUCGCCUGAGCAAGUGCGACUCCUGGAACCAGAUCUGCCAGCAGCAACAGGGCGGACUGGGACUGGGUCAGGGCCAGCCCAAGUACAGCCAGCCACUCGCCACGGGACCCGGGGAGCUCCGGCGCUGCAAGUCCGGCCACUCCCUGGCCGUGCCGAAGCUCUACGAGGCGGGUAUCGAUAAGGCCCAGGUCAGCGAAAAGCAGCGCACAGUGGCUGCCUACUUCUCCGGACAGAAGUCGCCCACGGGUGGGCAGGUAGAGGAGCUGCGCACAACAAUGACAACCACCUCCACGAGCAGCUCGUCUGCCGCCAGUCGGAGGACCGCCAUCAAUCGGACAAAGACCAGCGAGAAGCUGUCGGCGGCGGCCCGCAAGUCGCUCAGCUCCCUGACCAGCACCUCCAAUGCAGCGCAGCAGAACAGGCAGCAGAGCUCCACCACCAGCGAACAGCGCAGCGAGACCAAGUCGAAGGAUGGCGUCACCACAACAACCACAAAAGUUACCACCCGCACGGUGAGCGGCAGCGCUGCCUCGAAGAACAUUUCGCCCUUGGCCAAAUUCAAGCAACUCGAUAAGCAGGCGGCCGCCCAACAAGCCCAAAAAUCAUCUCCAACAACAAGCACACCCACGACCCCCGGCGGCGGUUCGUCACAGCCGCUGUUCAAAUUUACCGAUCCGGCAUUAAAUGCGCGCGCUGCCACUGUCAAGGAUCAGCUUCUGCAGUGGUGUCAGCACAAAACGCAGGAAUACGAGAACGUUCAAAUAAGCAACUUUAGCUCGAGCUGGUCAGACGGCUUGGCCUUUUGUGCGCUAAUCCACCAUUUCUUGCCAGAUGCUUUUGACUACAGUACACUAACCAAACAGACGCGCAGACACAACUUUGAGGUGGCCUUCAGUGUUGCUGAUGAGAAGGCGGGCAUAGCGCCGCUGCUGGAUGUGGAGGAUAUGGUGGAGAUGAGCCGCCCCGAUUGGAAGUGCGUUUUUGUCUAUGUCCAGAGCAUAUAUCGUCGUUUCCGCAAUUGCCAGUGAGCAGCAGCAGCAGCAGCAUCGCAGCGCCCUCAAAGAAGCAGCAAGGAAGUAAAGGUCACAGCAGUCAACUCAACAACUCUCAAUAGAAAGAGCAACAGCAAACCACUCAUUAAAUUUUAAGCAGUUUCCUCCUGCCCACAAACGAGACCAUCACACAACUGAGCAUUUCACCCACUCGCAACCCAAGGGUGCACCUUGGGUGCACCACACAACCACUUGACACCCAAUCUAACUGUAAAACGGAACCGCAAAUGGCAGCGCAGGCUCGUCUAACGUGAACCAGCAACUUGUACGUUUUUUUUUUGUUUGUUUAAUUUUUUACUAUUAUUAUUAUUACUAUUACACAUUAUUAUUUGUUAUCGAACGCGCAGCAGAAACUAUGCAAUAAUUGUUGAUUUAUUUCUUUGUCAUAAUUUUAAUUGUAAAAUCGGAGAAGAAGAAGCAGAAGCAACGCGAAGAUCUUCUCAGAACGAGAUCUUCGGCUACUAACCUUUAUGAAUUACUACUGUAAUAAUAAACAUAUUCUAUGUAACUUCA